AUGUCGAUAGCGUCUGCGGGUGGGAAGAUGGGCGCCACCUUACCGGCCUCGAAUGACAUUGAUGAAACAUGGAAAUUCCUUGAAGGAGGCAUCGAUGUCAUGAUGACGCGCCUCACGGAGGGCAUGUCGUAUGAGAGGUACAUGCAACUGUACACGGCUGCCUACAACUAUUGUAUUAGCAGUGGGAUGGGUGGUACAAGUGGCAUUGCAGCGGGUGCUCAUCUCGUGGGUGGAGAGCUGUAUACGCGUGUGGCCACCUACUUUGAACGCCACUUGCAAGGAAUUUUGCAACGCAUGAGCUCGUUAUCACACGAAGAUCUUCUGCAGCUUUACUCGCAGGAGUGGGAUCGCUAUACAAGCGGUGCUAACUUCGUGCACCGUAUGCUUAUUUAUCUGAAUCGCCAUUGGGUUAAGCAUGAGCGUGAGGAAGGACGAACAGAUAUUCAUACGGUCUACACACUGGCGCUGGACCAGUGGAAGAAGCAUGUUUUUAUGCCCUUGCAACGUGAGGAAAAGGUAAUCGAGGCUGUUUUGCAUCAGAUUGAGCUCCAGCGCAACGGCAAGGUGAUCCAGUCGAGCUUGCUAAAGAGUGUAUUGGACAGCUGCGUAUCGCUGGGCAUUGAUGAGACUGAUGCGACUCGGCUCAACCUGGAUGUCUACCAAAGUGAAUUCCAGCAGCCGUUCCUUCAAUCCACCGAAGCGUAUUACCAGGCGGAAAGCCAGUCGUUCCUUGCCUCGAACUCUGUGACAGACUAUAUGAAAAAGGCACAGACGCGUCUGGAAGAAGAAGAAAACAGAGUCGAAUUGUACAUGCAUGCUAGCUCCUAUGAUGCACUCAUGGAUGUGUGCCGCACAGAGCUGAUUACGAACCAUGCGCAGACCAUGUGGGACAGGUUUGGCUACCUAUUGGAGAACGAGAUGAAGGACGACCUGGCACGAAUGUACGCACUCUUGUCUCAGAUUCCAGGUGGUUUGGAUCCACUGCGUGAGCAAUUCGAGGCCUACGUCAAGCGUACAGGUCUGGAGACAGUCAGUCGUGACAUGGAAGAAAGUUCCGACGUCGUGGACCCUUCCAAAUACGUCCACUCCCUGCUGCGUGUGUACAACCACAACAUGGCCACUGUUACUUCUUCGUUUCAAUCGGAAGCAGGGUUCCUCGCUGCCCUCGAUAAGGCGUGUCGCUCGUUUAUGAAUAUCAAUCAAGUAACGGGCACAUCGGCCAGCCGUAGCCCUGAGCUCCUGGCCAAGUUUAUUGACGGCCUAUUGAAGAAAAAUACUCGCGGUGAGGAUGAACAAUCCGUGGAAGAAUCAUUGGACAAGGCCAUGAUCGUGUUCAAGUACAUUGAGGACCGUGAUUAUUUCCAAAAGUUCUAUGCCAAAUUCCUGUCGCGUCGCCUUGUCUCAUUCUCCUCGGCGUCCAUCGAUGCGGAGGAGAGCAUGAUUUCACGCUUAAAAGAGAUUUGUGGCUUUGAAUACACGAGCAAACUGCAGCGUAUGUUCACCGAAGCAGGACUCAGCAAGGAACUAAAUGACCGGUUCCAGGAAUCUGGCAUGCAGUCGAACAAGGACCUCAACUUUUAUUCGUUUGUUCUUACAUCGGGCGUGUGGCCACUACAGCCUCCGAGUAGUGAGUUUACCAUGCCAGACGAGUUGCAAUCUACUCAUGACGAGUUUGUCAAGUUUUACAACACCCAGCAUACCCAUCGCCAGCUUACGUGGCUCUGGCACUUGUCUACCAAUGAAAUCCACACCACGUACUUACCGCGCAAGUACAUCUUCUCAACCUCGACGUACCAAACAGCCAUCCUUCUUUUGUUCAAUACGCACUCUGUCCUCACCUUUGACGAGAUUGCUGAAGCCACACGGCUGGAGAAGAGUGUCUUGAAUGCAGCUUUGCUGCCUAUGGUCAAGCUCAAAGUACUGCACUUGCUGGAUGACUCCUACUCUUUGAAUAAGGACUUUAAAGGCAAGAAAGUGCGCAUGAACCUUAACAUCCCUGUGCGAGCUGAGCAAAAGUCAGAAUCCGCUGAAGUUGCCAAGACCGUGCAUGAGGACCGCAAAGUAUUGCUGCAGGCGACCAUUGUCCGCAUCAUGAAAGCGCGCAAGACUCUCAAGCACAACUUGCUAUUGACAGAGGUCAUUUCGCAGCUGCAAGCGCGAUUCCAGCCCAAGGUGCCUGAUAUCAAAAAGGCUAUCGAUACAUUGAUCGAGAAAGAAUUCUUGCAGCGUGUGGAAGAUGAAAAAGACAUAUGA